AGAUGACAAGACAAAAUGCAAAGCAGAUUGCUUCUAUCUUUGGGGGAUUAUUAGAAUCUGAUUUUGCUGAAGAUUGUGAUGUGUCGAUUGGGGCCUGCUUGCGCAUCAAAGUGAACAUUGAUGUCACAAAACCUCUUAUUGAGAGUUUUACAAAUAAGAAAGCUAGCAAAAUGGAAAGGGUACAAUUCAGAUAUGAAAGGCUUCUGGACGUGUGUUACAUGUGUGGGUUGUUUGGGCACCAAAUUCAAUCUUGUCCUAAUGUUGCUAAGGUGACGAGUCCAGAAAAUCAAGGCCGACGACAGGAAUAUGGACCUUGGAUGCGAGCUGAAAUUUGGGUAUCCAAGUCGAGAAAGUCAGCCACUAAGGAAGCUCUUGCUUCACAUCCAGAUGAUCAAACCCAUCAGCCUAAUGAAGAAGUUGGUAUGGUGGCGCGUUUUCCCCAGCUGCCGCAAAUAGUAACUCAAACCCAGAUGGGGGUUGAUACUUCAGACACAAAUGUACCAUCAAUAGCAGGUAUGAGUCAGGGUGUUGAGCCCCAUAAUUGUGCCGCCAUUUCAUGUGACGCUAACAUACAGUCGCAAUACCAAUCUUGUCAUUAUGAACCAUCUACUACCCAACAGCUUUUAACCAUUACAAGAACUAAAACUAGAGAGCUUGUUCUGUCAUCUAUUAAUUCUCCUACCAAUCUUGACGAGCCUCCAUCUGACACACACCCUGACCCACACGUUGGCCAAGAGACAGGUUCUCUUACGAGGAAACUUUACCCUUAUGCUUUUACAGUAGCCAAAAAGGUCAAAGAUCUCUCCAAUAGCCCACAGACAAUGAUGGACCCUAACCCUCGGUCACAGCUUUCUAUUUUUUCUGGACUAUCAUGGGCUGAAUUUGUGGGCAAACCAAUUCAUCUCCCAUCUGGUAAUCCCAUUUUAACUUUAAAUAGUUUACCGGGUUGUGUCCCUAACCCAACUGAUGUAGCAGAAAAUCCAAAUAACAAUAUCCUCUCAAGCCCACACCCUUUACAACCUCUGAAACCCAAACCCAAACUUAAAUCUCAGCUCAAAUUAAAACAAUUGGCUUGCCAUCGUCCUCUCACAUCUAAGGUAAAUUUGGGUAUUGAGGAGAGGAGAAUGAGAACAGAGGAGCAGGGACAGGAAGAUUUGGAGAAUGGGCUGGUAUGUACAAAUUCUGAGGCUCUGGUGGCUGGCCUAAAGCCACCACAGCAGCCAUGACAAUCCUAAGUUGGAAUUGUCAGGGGUCCGGGUCCCCCCUGACAAUGAGGACGCUUAGAGAAUUAAUCUCUGCUAAUAAACCCGGGAUUGUGUUUUUGCCAAAAACAAAGAAGAAAAGUGCCUUUUUGGAAAGAUGGAAAGCUCGUUUUGGUUUUAACCAUUCAUUUUAUGUAGACCCAAUUGGGUUAUCUGGAGGUCUGGCUUUGUGGUGGAGAGAUCCUAUUUCUAUUCAGAUUUUGAAUGCCUCUAGCAGAUGGAUUGAUGCAAUGGUGCACUAUCAUUAUUCAUGGCAUGCGACGUUCCUAUAUGGAGAAUCGGAAGCAGGUAAUAAAAUUUCCUUUCUUAGGCAGCUGAAAAAUCUUCAUUUGAAUACGGAAGACCCUUGGUUGUUAAUUGGUGAUUUUAAUAUCUGCAACUCCAAUAGAGAUAAAUGGGGAAGAAGAACAAUAAAUUCCCAAAUUGCAUCUGCUUAUAAUGAUUUUCUGAUGGAAGAACAAUUGGGAGAGCUUAAGUUUAAAGGGUCGCGGUUCACCUGGUCUAACAAGCAUCAAGUUCCCUCUAGAGUAAUGGAGCGAAUUGAUAAAGUAGUUGUUUCUUUAGAAUGGAAAAUGCUUUUUCCUUACUGUCAAUUGUUUCAUGAUAAAUUGCUCGCCUCGGACCAUCGUCCACUUGUGUUGGUCCUGUUGUCCAAGGUCAGGAAACCUCGGAGAACUUUCAAUUUUGAUCUUCGUUGGACCACCUAUAAUAACUGUGACCGUGUAGUUGCUCAAGCUUGGCAGCAAGUGGACUCAACUGAACCAUUUCAAACUAAGUUGAUGGAUUGUAGGAGGAUGUUAAGUAGUUGGAGUGCUCAAGAAUUUGGGAAUGCUCGGUGGCGUAUUCAAGAGUUAUCAAAGCAGCUUGAUAUGCUUCAAUCAUACCCAAGGGGUAUUUCGUCCCCUGAAGAGAUUGAUUCCAUAAAAGCUGAGCUCAAAUUUCAAUGGCAAUUAGAAGAAAUCUACUGGUACCAGAAAUCUAGGAUAAAUUGGUUGCGGUAUGCAGAUAAGAACUCUCAUUUCUUCCACUCCUCUACAAUAAUUAGGAGGUGCAGGAAUCAAAUCAGCAAAAUUAAGGGGGCAGAUGGGAAUUGGAUCCAAAAUGAUUAUGCUAUCAAGCAAGAGGCUCUGAAUUUUUUCAAACAGCUUUACCAAGCUAGACAGGACAUCAUUUCCCCUAUGCAAUCUGCCUUUGUGCCUAAUCGAAGUAUCCAGGACAACAUUCUGGUUGCUCAUGAAGCUUUUCAUAGCCUCAAAUGUCGCAGGAGAGAUGACACCAUCUUGUUUGGAAGGGCCUCUUUGGAAGAAGCAAAUCAACUAAAAGAAUUUCUGGAUGAUUUUUGUAUAGUUUCUGGGCAGAGAAUUAACAAGCACAAAUCUGAUAUUACCUUCAACAGUAACACUCCUCACCAUAUCCAGUCCAGUAUUGCAAAUAUGUUGCAAAUUUCUAACUCUGGUUCUUUAUCCAAAUAUCUUGGCUUGCCUAUAUCCGGGGGACGGUCAAAAUGCAAGGCGUUAUCUUUUCUGAAGGCAAGAGUGGUCAGUAACCUUCAAGGAUGGCAAACAAAAUAUUUAUCUAUGGCAGGAAGGGAAAUAUUAAUCAAGGCUGUUAUUCAAGCUAUUCCAUCCUAUGUGAUGUCAGUGUUCAAGCUACCUUCAGGCUUUAUUAAAGAGAUUCAGCAAUUGACAUCUAAAUUUUGGUGGCGACAAUCUAUAGACAAGGUGAUAAUGGGAGUAUAUGGUUCUGGGAUUGGAGGAGUAGUCAUAAUUUCCAGCAAGCACAAACGACUGUGCAGCCUGGCAUGUCCUUUUUCCCUCCCCAUCUUUUCCCUUUUAUUUUACUGGGGAAUGAAAAGGUUGACAAUGAUGGGUAUUUUGCUCCAGGCUUAUUGGAUAGUGAAGCCAGUAUUUAUGCUCUCUCGUAUGAUAUAACUGGCUCAAGGCUUGUUACAUGCGAGGCUGACAAGACUACUAAAAUGUGGAAAGAAGAUGAAACUGCAACCCCAGAAACUCAUCCCCUCAACUUUAAGCCUCCAAAAGAUAUCAGGCGGUUCUAGCGGUCAUGGUGCUGCUUUUGUUUUUCGCAGGUUGGCAACAGAUCAUAUGAAUUCAUGGUAAAUGUAAUUGGGGGUUCAUUCGCAUCAGUGUACCAGAAUGAACACGGGGUUUAACACGACUUUCUCAACAUUGAUAGUGCAGUCUCAGAUCAAGUUCUUGAAGCGUUCAAUCUUUUUUCUGUACAAGCACAUAGCAUGACCUAUCAAAUACGAAGCAUUUUGUGAUCUUGAAGCUAACGUUAAUUCUUACAUCACCUUGCAUGAAAGCCCAAAUUCAGGAACGAGAGAGUAUUAGUUGUUCCCAAGAAUUUAUGUAUUCGUAUGUUGGUGUUGAUGGAUCAAGUAAUGUGAUUAUUUAUAAUCCCUGUAUAUGAUAUUUAACUCGGUGAAUAGUCCAACUCAUACGGUGCUGCCUUCAACAUUUCUGCUCUGAGGACUUCACUCAUAGAAAAUGUCCAUGUAACCUUACCGAGCAAGUUCCAACAGAAAAGUUUAGAAAAACAAAUGAAGUAACUUCGGAA